UUCUAUGAGUAAACAGACAGACAUCCAGAAGUGACUACUCCACAUUCCUGUCAUUCCACGUCUGCGCGUGCCAUCAUUUAACAAACAACAGCGCGAGCUGCUUGUUAUUCGCCUCAGCAGGAUUCGGCCCGUAUGCCCCUAUUGCCUUUUCCCUUUUUUUGAAAGAUAUUAAUAUAUCGGACCGACUUUAGAGCAUUGAGCGCGUUCUGAUUUCGUUUCACGUAUUUAAGUGUUUACCUGGCUACAGUUAGCAGGCUAACUAGUUUAGCUAUCUCGCGAGUGAAUCGAUCCUCGGCUGCUUUCUCCCCUUAAGGAUACGAAUAUCACUCAUGCUCCUUAUUAAAGGAUUAUGGCACAUAUCUACACGUAACACGUGAGUAUAAAAUGUGAAUGAUAAAAUAACGGUUGUUUAUUCGUUUUGUUAACAUUUGCAGGCUAGCGAGGUGUUGUUCUGUUCGUGCUAAGUGGCUAGCAGAGGUGAGACCCGUGCGAGAAACGAGUAGGGCAGAGAAAGAGAAGGGCUGUGAACUCGGGUCGGACAUUGAGGGUCUUGUGAAAGAAAAAGAGAAUCCGACUGAAGACCUGAUGUUCCUCUGACACAAGCAAAAAUGAUGCCUAUGAUCUUAACGGUGUAUUUGAGUGAUGGGGAGCAGGCCCUAACGGAGGUGCCCAUCACUCCGGAGACGACGUGUCGUGAUGUGGUGGAGUUCUGUAAGGAACCAGGGGAAAGUGGCUGCCACCUGGCUGAGGUGUGGCGUGGAAAUGAGCGAGCCAUCCCCUUUGACCACAUGAUGUAUGAGCACCUGCAGAAAUGGGGUCCCAGAAAGCCGGAGGUGAAGUUCUACCUGCGUCAUGAAGACUCACCCACUGAAAGCAGUGAUCAGGGGAGUCAACAGUCUCAGGAGCAGCCCAGCAGGAGAGAAGGAAGCAGCUCAGAUGUGCACAACGAGAACGGGGUGGGAAACCCUCGUGUUGAGCUCACUCUCUCUGAGCUGCAGGAGAUGGCCACUCGUCAGCAACAGCAAAUUGAGGCCCAGCAACAGAUGCUUGUCGCUAAGGAGCAACGCUUACGUUAUCUGAAGCAGCAGGAGCGGCGGCAGCAGCAGGCUGUGUCUGAGACGGACAAACUGCAGAGGCUGAAGGAGAGGGUGGAGAGUCAGGAAGCCAAACUCAACAAGAUCCGUGCCAUGAGGGGCCAAGUGGACUAUAGCAAAGUCAUCAACGGCAGCCUGUCUGCAGAGAUCGAGCACAUUAGCGAGCUGUUCCAGGAGAAGCAGACAGAGCUCCAGGCCGCCGUGCUCAGGGUAGAUCAGCUCAGCCAGCAGCUGGAGGACCUUAGGAGAGGCAAACUGAAUGGCCUGCAGACACUCGGGGGUCAGGUCACUGGAACCGCUGCCCUGGAGCUCCGCAAACUCUACCAGGAAUUGCAGAUCCGCAACAAGCUGAAUCAGGAGCAGAACAGUAAACUGCAGCAGCAGAAGGAGCUGUUGAACAAGAGGAACAUGGAGGUGACACUGAUGGACAAGCGCAUCAAUGAACUCCGAGAUCGACUGUACAAGAGAAAAGCUGAGGCACGUCAAAAAGAGAACCUUCCUCUAAAUAGAGUAAAUGGUCCUCCCUCUCCACAGCCAGCUCCUGGAAAUACCGGCCGUGUGGCUGCUGUCGGACCCUACAUCCAGGUCCCAGUGCCAGGAAGGCAGGAGGGUUAUGUAGUGCCUCCCGAACCCCUCAAACCUCAGUCACUGGGGGUCAACACCCCAGCCAACCACUCCCGCUCCAAAUCAGACGGAGUGAGAAAGCCUCCCGGCCCCUGGAAGGUCUCUGAUUUAGACAUCAUAGUGGAUCCGAUUGCUCCGCCCCCUUCAGAGCCCCGACCAGGCCCUGGGGCUCCACCCCCAGUCACCUGCUCUACGGCAGGGUCCGACAGCGCCUCUCCUACUGAUGCCAGUUGGCCCAACCUCAACAAGGGCAGCACAUCAGUCAAGCCACCUGACUGGAAGGAGUCUGGAGCAGACACGGUCAGUAAAGCAGCAUCACCUGCAGGCACUCCCUCAGAUAAGAUUCAGGACUCCAAUAAAACAGGCUCAGCUCCUCCUCUCAAUAAGCCCCAGCCUCCCCCAUAUGGAGCCCAUACCAGCAACCAUCCCCUCUCAUCUGCCAACUCUGGUUCCACCAGCUCUUUGGACUGCCGCAAAGAAGUUCCUCUCCGGCCUGUGCCCAGCCUACCCAGCAACUCUCUGCCAGCCUGGCCCCAUGUUCCUUCUGCACCCACCGGCUCAUCCUCUCAGCAGAUCCAGCAGCGCAUCUCCGUUCCCCCCAGCCCCACUUUCCAGCCUAGUCCACCCUUUUUCCCCCCAGGAGAGAGGCCAGACCCUCCUCUGGCAGUAGCGGUGAGGCCAUUCAUCCCAGAUAAGAGCUCUAGACCACAGUCUCCCAGGAAAGGCCCAGCCACCAUGAACUCAAGCUCCAUUUACCACAUGUACCUACAACCGGCAGCCCCAAAGAGUUACCCUGUGAACAACAAGCCAGCAGUCAAAGCAGUAUACGGUAAGCCAGUCCUGCCCCCCAGCUCCACACCCCCUUCUCCCUUACCCUUUGGGGGCUCUGGAGCCUUCCCUGCCCUGCAGGGUCCUGGAGGAGACAUGGUGGAUGGCGAGCUGGAUUUUGAUGGUCUUAACAUCGGUGUCCCUGAGCCACCCCCACCCAGCGUUGACCACAUCCCACGACCUCUCAGCCCUACUAAACUCACACCCAUGGUGCACUCCCCUAUGCGCUGCCAGAGCGAUGCUGAACUGGAGGCCUUGCGCAAGAAACUGGCUAACGCUCCUCGACCGCUUAAAAAACGAAGCUCUAUUACAGAACCGGAGGGCCCUAAUGGGCCCAACAUCCAGAAGCUUCUAUAUCAGCGUUUCAACACCCUGGCUGGAGGGAUGGAGGAAGGAAUGGGAGGUGUGAGCGGAGGUGGAGGAGUGACUCCAUUCUAUCAGCCCUCCGUAACAGCAGGUGAAAUGCUCUUUGAUGCAGACAACGGAAAUCCACCCUCGGAAACACCAGCAAUGCCCUCUGGGGGUGCUGUUGCUGAGGGCAUUAUCCCGCAAGGUGACGCCAAUGAUAAUGAUCCCCAUGAGCAAGUUGCAGAGACGUUAACACCUCCAGCACCAGAACCCUCAGAAGACAGUAACAAUAAUCCUGCUGAACCUUCAGCCACCUUGCCGAGCCCUUUAGCUGAGGCCAGCACACCUGAGGAAGCAGACACCUCUCCCUUCUCCCAGCCCAUGGGCAAACGCACUAACCUAAAGAAGCCAAACUCAGAGCGGACUGGUCAUGGCCUAAGAGUGAAGUUCAACCCUCUCGCCCUGUUGCUGGAUGCCUCACUAGAAGGAGAGUUUGACCUAGUACAAAGGAUAAUCUAUGAGGUUGACAAUCCCAGCACCCCUAAUGAUGAGGGCAUCACACCUCUCCAUAACGCAGUGUGUGCUGGACACCACCACAUUGUCAAGUUCUUACUGGACUUUGGGGUUAAUGUGAAUGCAGCAGACAGUGAUGGCUGGACGCCCUUGCACUGUGCUGCUUCCUGUAACAGUGUGCACCUGUGUAAGCUGCUGGUGGAGUCAGGUGCAGCCAUCUUUGCCACCACUAUUAGUGACGUGGAGACAGCGGCAGACAAAUGUGAGCAGAUGGAGGAGGGCUACCUACAGUGCUCACAGUUCCUCUUUGGUGUGCAGGAGAAGUUGGGUGUAAUGAAUAAGGGAGUUGUGUACGCUCUGUGGGAUUAUGAGGCUCAGAGUGCAGACGAGCUUUCCUUUCAGGAGGGUGAUUUCAUUACAGUCCUACACAGGAAAGACGAUACUGAGACAGAGUGGUGGUGGAGCAAACUCAACGACAAAGAUGGCUAUGUGCCACGUAACUUGCUGGGGUUGUACCCCAGAAUAAAACCACGUCAGAGAUCUCUAGCGUAGCCCUCAUCUUGGCCACACCCUUUUCCUGAAUGAUUGACUGAACUGAUGUCUAGGGGUGUAGAGCCUCCACCGGUCACCUCUAUGUGCCACUUUGACCACAGAAGGGGUGAAGCUGCUAAACCCUGAACCCUCACCGGAGGCACAAUCAACUGCGCUACACACAAACACACACUCUCCGAUGAACACUAAUAAAGGCCAAACAAGCAGCCUCAGGUUUCUAGGUCUGCCUCCAUCAUCUCUGCUACCAGACCUCAAUAUAUCCCCCUCCAGUCCUCGCACAUGGUUUCUUAUAUCUUAUCAAAUUUAUAAUAGCUGUACAUCACACAUUGGGGAUCAAAGAUCUAAUCACCUUGACAAGAGCUUUCCUUUGUGUUUGUAAGCUUUAGUUUUUUGGGCAUAAUGCUUUGCUGAGAGGACGAGUGCUGGGAGUCUUUCAGUGCUCUUUGUCAGGGAGGGAUUUCUAUGUGCUGUGGACUGAAUGAGUGAGAGAGGUGGUGUGUUUUAUGAUGAUAUGCGAUUUCAGAACAAAGGACUUGCACGAGUGUGUGCAAGAAUUGAUUUUAUAACUCAUCUAUAAAAGUUGUUCCAGAUAAGAACAAAAAUAUACAUAGUUUGCAUAAAAUGAUUAUUCUGACCUAUUACUGAGAAAAGCCAUACUGUAUGCAUAUGCUGUGUAUAUGGUAUGGUUCAUAAAAGGUGCAUAGAAGUGAGAGGAUGUGUUUCAUAUGGAUUUUAUGAGUGUGAUUUUUUUCUUUUUUCACUACAGUGAGCAUCACAGACAAAUGUGGAAUGCAUUUUGUGUGCAUUCUGAAAAGGGUGUGUGUGUGUGUGAAGUGUGCAGAGAGAUUGAGUUGAAUAGUAAGAAUCAUAAAAUUAUUCAGUAUUUUUAGACUACAUGGAGUGACACGAUACGUUCUUAUCCAUUUGUUGGCUUAGAAGGGUUUCAGCUGAACAACAGUAGUUUGCUGAAGUGCAAGACUGAUGAAUUCAAUUUAAAGCUUUACUCCACUAGCAGUCCAUGGUCUGACUUGAAAGCAUAUUUACUUCAUUUUACACUUUUUUUUUUUAACAUUACUUUAAAUUAUGCCAGUCCAUCCUAGUCCACUCCUGUUUUUAGUCAUGUGAAAUGAUUUUUAUAUUCUGCCAUUGAGGCGGUAAAGAGCUUUAUUGUGAAGAUUAACCAUGUAAAUACUGUGAUGAGGAUGAGAGAGGAGAAAUGCUUGACUCAAUGCUGUUAGAUUAAUUGCCCCUGUGGGCUUCUGUGAAAUACAGUGACUCACCUUGUGUUCUAUACAUGUGCACAAUAAAAACAAAUGAGUCCUAGCAAGCAAUUAUGUCGACUGGUUA